AUGGUGUUCCCUGUCGUCAGCCAGUGCAUCUCGCCUCUGCAGCGUUUUGGUUUUGGGGCCCGUGAAACUAAGCGGAAGGCUUUGUUGAUCGGGAUCAACUAUCUUCAUCAGCAAAGUGAGCUGUACGGCUCUCUCAGCGGACCCAUCGACGAUGUGAAGGUGCUCAGGGAUACUUUGAUUACUUAUCAUGGCUUCAAAGAGAAGGAUGUAACGGUCAUGACGGACGAAGAAAAGGACCCGAAAAAUCGGAAGAUGCUUCCUACCAAGGCGAAUAUUAUCAAGGCCAUCCAGGCCCUUGUACAGGACGCUCGACCUGGAGAUGUCUUCGUGUUUCAUUAUGCGGGCCACACGGACCAGAGAAAGGCCAUCAACGAUUCAAACGAGAAGGAUGGGCUUGACGAAGUGCUCAUUACUUCUGACUUGGAGCAAAUAGUCGACGACGAUCUGCACAAGCUACUCGUCCGUCCUUUGCCUGAGGGAAGCAGACUGACGGCAAUCUUCGACUCGUGUCACUCUGGAACAUUGCUGGAUCUUUUGCAUUACGAGUGCAAUUGCUCCGAGAAACGUCGAGGAUCCACAUGUAAGCUCCCGUUCGUUGGUCCUCCCAGUCCUGGAGUUGCGCAGACAUGCUUCAGGAUUCGAGCUCUCACUCUUGAUAUUGGGUAUAUUCGGCGCGGCCAGAAGUAUCUCCGAAGUCGUGGGUCCAAGUUGAGGACUAAAGUGCGAGGGACAAUGAGGAGUCAAACUCGUGGAUCCAAAGUUGAGCCCAUUGGUACCGAGUCGUCCAACCCGCCAACCUCGUCUUCCCAAACCCGGUGUGGGCCACACUGUCGUUUCGAAAGGCGUUCAGGCCCUAUUGUGAUCUCAAUAUCCUCGUGCGCCGACCACCAGUUCAGCUGGGAGGUUGAGACAUCAGACGGGGCUUCCUCGGCAGACCAGUCCAGGAGCUCGAUUUCGUCUGAGUCUAAUGGGUCCAUGACUAAGGCACUGGCCAGAGUACUGCAGACUAAUCCGGCGGUGACUGUGACGGCCUUAAAGAAGAAGAUUGAUGAAGCACUCUUCCGCUUUGCCUGCAUCAAGCACGUUGAAGCGCAGAAAUGGGUGCACGAAUAUGGCGACACACUCACCCGAGAGCAGAGGGAAGAAUUGAACGAGGCUCUGAAGUUCGAAGUACAACUACCACAGAUAGGAAGCUUGAGCCACCUUAGAGGGGACGAGGUGUUUAUCAUGGGUCGCCCUGGACAUGAUUAUUCUGCCAGGAAGGAGUUCCAGUUACGUCUGGACAUUCGGCGCCAGUGA